CAUAUAUAUCGAUUCAAGAGCAGAGAUUUCACAGUUCGCUUUUCCUUCGACAGGUAUACACCAAGCACAAAAUUUCUCUGUUGAAGAUACUACAACCGCCAUCAAAAUGAUUUCUGCUUCAAAACUACGAGAUUCUCUUGCCAAAUUCCACCAGAAACUCGGCACCCCUCUGAUUAUGGUCGGUGUGAUGUUUGUUAUGAUGGCUGUAACUUACUUCCAUCAGACUUCACGUAUAUCAGAGUUAGAGAAAAGAGACAUUGAACAGACUACACGUCCACCUACACCAAGUGGCGGUAAGUUUUGCAUUUUAAUGGCCAUUAUAUUCACACCUGUCUUUAUUUGUACACGUAUUAUGAACUGUUUCCUUCUCUGUUUCUCUCCCUCUCUCUAUUUAUUCUUCAUAUUUUCUUCGCAGAGUUUUGUCGCUUACUCUUUAGAGAGAAA